AUGGUUAAACAGACAGUGGCUAGAUCACUGAUCGUUUGGGCGUUGUUGCUGUUAUUGCAUAACGCAAGCUCGAUUCAAGAAGGUGAGGCAAAGGAUAUCAGCCAUCAACUCACCCGCCCUGAACGAGUAGACGGUAGACGGGAGAAACAAGACCUCUCAACUUCGGAAAAGGGAGGUCACGUGGAUGAUGCCUCUUAUCGAUUGACUGCUUUUGACAAGGACUGGACCCUAGAUGUUAAACGAAACAAAGAACUAAUUCCUUCAUCAUUCGCCGUUCGCACGUUCGAAAAUGAUGGAUCAGAGGUCAUACAAGAGGAUGAUAACGAUCAUUGUCACUAUCAAGGCAUCAUACGUGGAAUGAAAGAUUCCCGCGUUGUUCUGAAUACCUGUAAUGGGUUGAGAGGCAUGAUAGGUGAUGGCCAUGAAACGUUUUAUAUUAUACCUGAGACUGGACACGAGGGAAAUGGAAUUCACAGAGUCAGUAGAGCCGAAGAAGACGAGUCCCAAGAUAUCUUCCAUAAGUGUGGUAAAUCAUUUCAUUGCGAAAACAUAACAUUCAAUCGGAAACGACGACAUUCAAGCAGACUCCAUUCCUUAAACGAAACUUUUGGGCCAAUUGCGAAGAUCCAGGAGAGACGUAAGAUAUCAGGUCAUAUUGAUGAGUUCUACAAGAAAUAUCUGACGACUGAUGAGACGCGAUACACCGAAAUUUUCAUUUGUGUUGACAAUGAAAUGUACCAGAAAUAUAACAGGGAUAAAAAUGUCAUCAAAGAUCGAGUCAUAACAUUAGUAAACACUGUUGAUGCGAUCUAUCAGCGAAUCAACAUCAGGAUAGUUCUGAAGUACUUGGAAAUCUGGACAAACAGAGAUCCUUUCGGGCGUGUGCGAAAUGCAGGGAGUGAAUUACGCAAUUUCAGGGCCUAUCGAAAUAAACAUUUGGUGAAAAGGUUCCCUCAUGACAACGCUCUUUUACUAAGUCACAAAAGUUGGCCCCCGAAUAUUGCUGGUCUAGCAUGGGUCAAUUCGAUGUGUGGCGGAAAUUCAAACUCUAUCAACGCCUGGUCUUAUAGCAGUAGUGUUGGUCCUUAUGUAACUGUUGCUCAUGAGUUGGGUCACAACUUUGCGUUCAAUCACGAUACUGGGACCUGCAAGUGCUUAACUUCACGAGGCUGUUUCAUGGGAGGUACCAGGUCUCGACUUCCAGGAUUUUCGGAUUGCAGCCUUAAAUCGCUUCAAAAGGUCAAUGACGCAUGCUUGUACAACGUACCAACUUACAAGGCCUACAACAGUUAUUGUGGAAAUGGCAUACGUGAGGAAGGAGAGGAGUGCGACUGCGGUACCCCUGAGGUUUGUAAAGCCAAAGAUCCUUGCUGUGUACCUCACAACUGUGUCCUUAAAAAGGAAUCACAGUGCAGUGACUUACAUCACUCAUGCUGCAAGAACUGCCAGUUUAAGAAACGAGGAACGUUAUGUCGUGGAGUCCAAACUGAUUGUGAUGUUCCAGAAUAUUGCACUGGUUCCUCAAGAGACUGUCCUGAGGAUACUUACAUCAUUAAUGGAUAUCCAUGCAGCCAGGCGAAAACCGUUAUACAUGGAAACACUAACUUCUAUGGUGUGGUCGCAAGGGACUUGAACCCUAUGGUCAACGCUCGAUAUCUUCGUAUCAAUCCUCAAUACUGGCAUGGCUGGCCUUGUCUAAGAACCGACUUCAUGGGAUGUUCUGCGGAUGAAGCAAAUCCAACUGCCCCUACACCCUUGAAGUCAUACAACUUUGACUUUUGUCUGACUCCAUCAAGCAAGAGUUGUUCCCCACGUGACAACGACCCCAUCAUAUUUGUAACCGGUAGCAGGUGCUCAGAGAGACAUUUUCAAUUCAUUUUCAAAGACGGAUUGUUACGCCACGCUUGCAGUGGGAAAUUGGUCUGUCCCGAAAAUGGCGGGACACAUAAUGGUGCAAAGAUUGUUGUCAGCAGGACUUGUAAAGUUGCAGACUCGAAAUUAGUGCGAACUGUAGGGCGAUCUUUAAAGCACGUCAAAUCUGGCAGAUGUAUUCAUACUUCUGGAGCCUGGCCAGGAAACGGGAGACAGAUGGUACUGUGGUCUGGAUGCGAAGAGCAAAGGCUACAACUGUGGUUCGGGAAACAAGAUUGUGUGGAGCCACUUGGAAUGCAGAACGGUGAAAUCAAAGACCGCCAGAUUACUGCUUCCUCAGUGAGAGGUCAAGAAUUCGCUUAUUAUGCAAGGCUCAAAGGAAAAAAAUACUGGUGUGCCAAAGCCAAAAGCAAAACCGAAUAUCUACAAGUUGACCUGGGAAAGGUUAAAACUGUCAGUAAAAUCUUGAUGCAAGGACGUGGAAACUGGUACGACUGGGUGACCGGCUUCUUCUUACACUACAGUUCUGAUGGCCGGCGGUGGAAAACGUACUCUGCGAGUGGUGACGAAAAACAGUCCGAUUCCUUCUGUUAUCUUGGAAAGUGCAGCGAAACUCUUGACACUCAGUGUAAGGACUUAUGGGGAGCUACCGCCAAAAACGCUGACCAAGGAUGCUAUGACAAGCUGAACACUGAGGCUAGAGGAUAUGGUACAUGUGAUCCAAACACCAAAAAGAGAUGUGCUGCAAGCGAUGUUUUAUGCGGCCAGCUGCAAUGUGAAGCGGACGAAAGCAGAAAAAAACCUGUUGUUGACUAUGGACGGGCCAGAGACAAAAAAAUAAUUUUGCCUUCCGGGAAAAAAUGCAAUGCUGUAGAACUGAAAAGUGGUGACAGUAUUGGACUGGGAAUGGUAAGAGAAGGAACGAAAUGUGGACGCAAUAAGAUGUGUAUCAAUAACAAGUGCCAGUCACUAAGUUCUCUCAAUCUGGUUGGCAAGUGUCCAGUGGUCGGCAACAAAGAGUGUGCGGGAAGAGGGGUCUGCACUAAUAAAAAGGUUUGCCACUGCCAAGGAGGAUUUAAUCCCAAAAACGGUUGUAAGUCAGGUGAAGAGAAUCCCGAACACUCAGGAGGAGGAGGAGAAUCUGGAGAUGAUGAAGACGAUAUGAGCGAGGAAGACGAUGAGAUGGAAGAAGAAUAUGAAGACGACGAAAAAGUUGAAAAACGAGAGAAAGAUUACGAAGAAGACCAAGAUAUGUUCUUUGGUGAUAAGUAA